CGCAGAGUUUCCAGAGUUCCUCAAUUGCGCGGAGAAUUGCCUACUGCACGCUGAAGAUCCAGUUUACACAGUCAUUCGAAACUAUGAGCAAAAAAAUCCGCGGUGGUGAUUCCGACUCCGACAUGGAGGACGGUGGCGCCAAACUCAAUGCACCCACGGAGAAAUCGACCGAUGCCAUGGAUGUAGAUGUCCCACCAACUCCUGCCGACAAGAGACAGGCGGCAGCCAUGGCUCGCGCCGAACGAGCUGCGCGUAGAAAACAAAUCCGUGAGGGGUUGACGCCGGGAGGUUCCCAAAUUUCUUCCUUGGCCAGCACGCCGAAUCCCGAAUCCCAGCCCGCAUCGCCUGCGCUUAAAGCACAGGAAAAGAAGACGAGGGGAAGGAAAGCGACAAGAAAGAGCAUAAGCGUCGCUGAGAAGGCAGAAGAAAAACCAGAGGACAAUACGGCGACGAGAACCCCCGACGAGACCACCACAGCAGCAGAGCCCGCAGAGCCCGCAGAGCCCACAGAGUCAGAAGAGCCAGCAGAGCCCGUAGAGCCCACAGAGCCAGCGACAGUGCCUACGCCUACUCCUGCAACAGAUGCUGAGCCGCUCCCCUUCGUGAUCGAUGUGAACCCCACCAAGGGCAAGAUCGCCGACAACACAAGCGCGUCCGUAGCCGGCUACGCCACAUCCAUUGCCCCCAGCUCGGCGUUCGGCGGCGACAGCCAGAUCGGUGGCCCCAACCGCGCAGCAAGGCGGCGGCAGAUGCAGAUUGAUAACCACCGGAAGGCGAUUAAGAAGGAGCUUGGCAUACCCGCCGAGUCGGACGAGCGCGCGGAGGAGGUGGACGCGCUGCUCAAAACCUGGGUCGCCGAGUUUGACGAAAAGACCGAGGCGCGGGCGGCCAAGAAAAAGGCCAAGAAGAUCGCGGCAAAGGGGAAAGCAACGGGUAAGCCUUACUCAGGACGAAACAACAAAAAUGAUGAGAAGCAGAAGCAGAUAAAAAAGCAGAAGCAAAAAAAGGCCCUACGAGACCGGCAGGGAGGCAACUAGGGGAGAAGUUGGCCGACCUGCGGCUCGAUGGGGCCCCGCCGAUUCUGGAGAGCAAAGGCGUCGUGAGGGAGUAAUGGAUGUGUGAUGAAAGGAAAAAGGGAAGGAGACAGGAAGACAAAAGUAUAUAUGCAUGCAUAUUGGCGUCUAGCGGGUCAAAUGGGAGGAGGAUAUAUCAAUAACAAAUUGAACGCCGAGCUCAAAUACGGCAUACCGGCCAUAGUUCGCAAGAUGGCAACAUAUUAUUACA